GCCAAGGCGAGCAGCCAGCGAGGGAGCCCGCCAGCUGCUGGGAUGAGCGCCCCGGCGGCCACCGGCGUCUUCGUCUUGUCCCUCUCCGCCAUCCCCGUCACUUACCUCUUCAACGCGCUGGCUGCCAGCGGCAGCUCCUGGAUCAUUGUAGGAAUCGGAUUGUUGGUUCUAUUCUUGGUGGGUCUAGCAGCUCGGUUUCUGGUGAAAAGAAAACCACCGCGAGACCCACUGUUUUAUGUUUAUGCUGUGUUUGCAUUCACCAGCAUUGUGAACUUGAUCAUUGGGCUUGAACACGAUGGAGUAAUCGAUGGAUUUAUGACCCAUUACUUGAAAGAGGGGGAACCUUAUCUGAACACCGCUUAUGGCCACAUGAUUUGCUAUUGGGACGGCUCUGUUCAUUAUCUGAUGUACCUCUUGAUGGUGGCAGCUAUUGCAUGGGAGGAAAAUUACCGGACUAUCGGUCUGUAUUGGCUGGGAUCCAUCACGAUGAGUAUCAUAGUCUUUGUGCCUGGAAAUAUUGUGGGAAAAUACGGAACAAAAGUUUGUGCCGCGUCUUUGUUAAACAUACCAUACAUUUGUCUCCCAAUAUGGGCUGGUUUCAAAAUCUAUAAUCAGCCUCCAGUGAAUGGUGACUCUCCAGUCAAGGUAAUUCAAGAAGUGCAGCAAAAGAAACUCUUGAGAAGACCCAUAGACCUCCUGUUGGCUAUAUACUUCAUCUUUGCAACUGGUUUUUGCCUGUUUAGAGGCAUGAUUGCCUUGGACUGCCCUGUUGAACUCUGCCGACUUUACAGCCAGCUUCAUGAGCCGUACAUCAAGGAUCCGUGCGCCUAUCCUAAACUUCAGAUGCUGGCAUACAUGUUCUACUCUGUGCCAUACUACAUAAUCUCGCUGUAUGGUUUGCUCGUGCCUGGAUGCUCCUGGAUGCCUGAUUUAACUCUCAUACAUGCUGGAGGACUAGCCCAGGCUCAGUUUUCACACAUUGGUGCUUCUCUACAUGCCAGAACACCUUACAUCUACCGAGUUCCUGAAGAAGGGAAGAUGUGGUUUCUUAUACUCAACAUUAUGUAUGGACUCCUGCCGCAGCUGCUGGCUUAUAGGUGUGUCCACAGUCCAGAAUUUUUCUUGAAGGCAAAGCCACAAGAGAAGGCGGAGUAGGAAGACUGGAGCUACAUGCUUAAAUUGGUGUCACUGGACUCCCAUUACAAACUCUACAUGGGCUCAUCCAGAAAGGAGUGUCCCAAGCCGGUGUUAUGUAUCAUUGCUGAAAAUAAAAGACUUCUUCCGUC